UCAACCGGAACACCCGGUAGAGACUAUAAAGCCUCUGAACUUGUUCAAAUCUCCGCUUGAACAGACGAGAAAACAGUCGUCAUGGCGUCCACGCUGCCCAUCAAGAUCGGAAUAAUUGGUGGUUCAGGUCUUGAUGAUCCAGAUAUCUUGGAGGGAAGAACCGAGCGCUACGUUGACACGCCAUAUGGAAAGCCAUCAGAUGCCCUGAUACUGGGGAAGAUAAAAAAUGUAGAGUGUGUGCUCCUGGCAAGACAUGGGAGACAACACACCAUAAUGCCAUCCAACGUGAACUACCAGGCCAACAUCUGGGCACUCAGAGAAGAAGGGUGUACACAUCUGCUGGUCACCACGGCCUGCGGCUCACUGCGGGAGGAGAUUCAGCCAGGAGAUAUUGUCAUCAUAGAUCAGUUCAUUGACAGGACCACCAAGAGAUCUCAAACGCUGUACGACGGGCAGCCCACCAGUCCCCCAGGUGUGUGUCACAUCCCUAUGGCUGAGCCUUUCUGCAACAGAACCAGAGAGGUUUUGGUGGAGGUGGCACGGAGUCUGGGGAUAAAGUGCCAUGUGCGAGGGACCAUGCUGACUAUUGAGGGGCCUCGCUUUUCCUCGCGGGCAGAAAGCCUGAUGUUCCGCCAGUGGGGUGCUGAUGUCAUCAACAUGACCACCGUGCCAGAGGUGGUCCUCGCCAAGGAGGCCGGCUUGUGCUAUGCCAGCAUCGCCAUGGCAACAGACUACGACUGUUGGAAGGAACAUGAGGAGGCGGUCUGUGUUGACAAUGUGCUGAAGACGAUGAAGGAGAAUGCCAACAAAGCUAGCAGUAUCCUGCUCACUGCAAUACCCCAGAUUAGUCAGAUGGACUGGGCUCAGACAAUGAAGACCUUGAAAUCAAUGGCACAGUCUUCAGUAAUGCUACCAAAGCACUAAGCGUGCUGAAAACAAUCGAGUAGAAAAGGAUAAGGAUACCAGACACCGCCCGCACAAACUCCCGACACAGACAACGGACUCAGCUUUGCCUGUGGAUUCGUCAUCAGUGAAUCACAAGAAAGUGCCUCACAUAAAUAAUGCACACGCUGUGUUUUCAGCUGGAUUUUCAGCGUUUUGUCUCGACUCAAAAUACACAUAUAACUCCUCUUCAUCCUGACUCACUUAUUUUCUCUGGAAACUGUUACUGUCAUCUUGUCACACGUUUGGGUAAAAACGAUAACAAACAAAAAAAGAUCAACAAAAGAUUUUAAGUCGUAAGAUUAUAACUAGAUAUUUUGUGGCUUUAUAUUUUUUGUGGUCUGUAAAGAUUUCAAAUUUAUAUAUUUGUUGCCUGUAAACCAUUGGUGUCUUCACUUCUGUUAUUACAGGAUAUAAUAAAAAAUAAAUUUAAAAUAAAAAUGCUUUAGCACAUGAAUACUUUCUUACUGCCUUAGUUGCAACACCAACUUUUACUUUUUAAAGCUGAUGUCUUGAACAUAUUUGAAGACGAUAUUGAAGUCAAACCUUUUAAAUGCCUGUAUACUCUUCUAUAAUAAGUCUUGUUAAUAAUGGGAAUGUUUCUGUCUUUGCUUGCCGGGGCCCCUUUUUAUAUUUUGUGGAAUGCUUUCAUUUGUAUUUCCACUUCCUGACUGUUGGGUUAUUAUAAACAGCAUUUAAUUUAGGAUAGAAUCUGCACUUGUACAUGCAAACCCUUUUCCAGCUUUAAUUAGAUAAUCUAACCAACAGCUUUUCAAAAACAGGUACUGACUGCAUUUACUGACACACCUGGAAAUGUUUGAUAUACUGUAAGAUUUUGUCAUGUUAUGAAAUGAGCAUUUUUGUAAGUGUUUGGCCUUUUGUUACUACUCAUGUUAGAUCAGUAUUCAUUCCGUUCACCUUUUUUUGUUUCUGUCUGCAUUUGCUGGACUUGAACGUCGUCACGACACACAUUGCACAGAACAUGUAGCCUCCUUGUAUUGCAUUUUCUUUCAACAAUAAUACAUUAUCGGAAAUGCUCUCAAAAAAAAGUGUUCAAUGAGUUGAGGUCAUGCUUAGACAAGUUAAUAAACAAUAAAAUCUGGAAUAA